AUGGUUUUCGUCUUGUGGAAUUUGAUUGGUAAUGUUGAUGAUGGUAAACCAAAAAACAAGGUGCAGGAUUAUGGGAAAGAGGCACAAGCAGAGCUCACUAAACUUGUUGAAGGGAAGAAAUUGACUGUGUUGCCUUAUGGACAAGAUGAAUAUGACAGAUGUGAAGCAGAUAUUUACUACAGUGAUGAGUUUGUUCAGAAGCCGAUGCUUGAGAACGGUUGUGCUUGGUAUGAUGGAUAUCAUGAUCCGCGCAAGAUACUUGGAAAGGCAAUGGCAAGAGGAGGCAAAGGAGAAGGGCAUUGGCUUGUGGGGUUAUCCAAACCCAGAGGAGCCUUGGGAGUGGAGAAAGAAAAACCCAAGAGAGGCAAGGAGAGCAAGAUUGAGGAAGAGGAGGAAGAAGAGGAGGAAGAAGAGGAGAUAACAGAGCCGGAAGCAGAGAAAACAGAGGAAAUAACAGAGCCUGGAGAAGAAAUCAAAGACGAGAUGAAACCUGAGGAAGAAGAAAAGAUGGAAGAAGAGGUGGUGUAG